CCACAUUAUCAUCAAUCCAAGGAUCAGAGAAGAAAAAGGGGAGCUAGCUUCAGAGCGGGGCCAUGAUCUACAGAAAUGAUCACACUUAGGGCAGAAGAAUGAUGAAGCCCCCGUGCUUUUCUAACCCAGUGGCCGCUUCUGACCUGGCUAAUGUAAGGACACAUUAAUCAUACAUGUUACUGCUAUUAAUCUUGGCUUGCAUGAUGAAGAGGUGUAAUUCACUCGAGAAAAAGAAUAUUCUCCUUCCUGCGCCGUAAGUCCCGACCGCCGCGGGCGACAGAGACGGCCCCCGGAGUUGACGCCGCCGGGGAAGGAGCGGCCGGGUCGAGAUGAAGGAGGACUCUGAGGCGCCGCACCCGCACGCCAAUGGCGCCGCCGCCGCCCCUCCUCCUCCUCCUCCUAGGGCACGGCUGGGAGAUGAACAUGGGUCUGCUUCUGUGUAUCGUGUCAGCGCACUGGAGAAGGCAAUUGCAGGGUUCGAGCAGAGGGAAACUGAGGCCGUGGUCAAUCCAACCGUGGGGACUGUCUUUGUUUCUCUUGACGAGGCCUAUGAGUUCUACAACAUUUAUUCCUGGGAAUCUGGAUUCGGAGUCACCUAUGGACCGAGUAGUGUGGAUUCUCAUGGAACCAAAUGCAUACAGCAAUUUGUUUGCGCGUGUGAGGGGAAACCAAGCAAGGACAGCAACUCAUUUCGUCGGUGUGAAUGCACGGCAGCGAUUCUUUUGUUGAGAUCCAGAGACGGCGGAUGGUGUGUGUGCGAACAUCAAGUGGGGCAUAACCAUCCACUUUGUAAGACGUGUGCGCAGAGGUCAUCCUGGGAGUCUCACAGCAGUAUCGACAAGAACACAAGGGACUUGAUUCGCCAACUAAGGGAAAACAAUGUGCCACACAUUGCUGAUAAUGAAGCAAAGGAUCUGCUGUCUGAGGAUCUCAGAAAGACCGUGGAAACCUUCGCUAGGAUCAAAGCAAAGGAUCCAACAUUUGAAUAUUCUGGCUUGCAGGUUGAUAGUAACUGUAGAGUAAGGCCACUACUCUGGACCAGUGGCCAGAGCGUUCAGUACCAAUACUUUGGUGAUGUGAUUAUCUUCGACACAACCUACAGAUCGGACGUGUAUGGAAUGCCGUUCGGCCUUUUUGUUGGAGUCAACAACAACUUCGAGACCAUAGUGCUUGGUGGGGUGCUGAUGAUAAACGAGAAAACGGAGAGCUUCAAAUGGGUGUUGAGUCAGUUCUUCCAAUUAAUGGGUGGGAAACACCCCCAAACUAUACUGACCGACCGCUGCGAGGCAAUUGAGGAAGCUGUGUUGGAGGUACUGCCAUCCACCACACACAGAUGGUUCAAGUGGCAUGUCCUUGGAAGGGCAAAGGAGUACCUCGGUUUUCAUUACACCAAAACUAGUAGCUUCCGGGUGGAGCUCCACAGAAUUCUGACCGACACGCUGACGACUGAUGAGUUUGAGAGAGCAUGGGAGAUGCUGCUAGAGAAGCAUGGAUUGGAGAACCACCCAUUUCUGCAGGAGAUCUAUGAGGUUCGGCAUAAGUGGGUUAAGGCAUACUUCAGUGACACAUUCUGUGCUACACUGACUAGCACACAAAAGAGCGAGAGCGCGAAACACUUACUGAAACAACACGUUCCACGGGAUUGCUCAAUGGAGCUUUUCGUUCAACAGUACGUGGAACCGCGGUGCGAUCAAGAACCGGACUAUGGGUUUGAGGAUAAGCCGACUACUAUGGAUGAGAUUGUUCUGAGAACAAAUCUGCCAAUCGAGAAGCACGCCAGCGAGGUGUACACAAGACCAGUGUACGAACUGUUUGUGCAAGCCAUACGCGAAUCUGAAUCUUACAUGGUGGAGGCAGUCAUCCCCAACUUGAAGUACAUAGCACGGCAUCCCAGCAGUGAAACCAGGGAGAAAUGGUCUAGGGUGGAAUAUGAGGUCAAUGUUAGAGAAGACGGUGAGGCAUUCAUGUGCGUGUGCAAGCAAUUUGAGCACACGGGGAUGCUCUGCUGCCAUGCCGUCAAGGUGAUGAUCCACUUGGGGGUGCGUGAGAUACCAAGGCUACACGUCAUGCCACGCUGGACAAGAAAGCCGCUGCAGUGCCAGAUGCACUGCCGCAGUGAACCGCAGGAUGACACGUGCCAGCAAUGCAGGCACUCGGUGCUGCAUGAUAAGCUCUUUGGCCUAGCGCGCCGCGCCUGUAAGGAUGAACGGUAUUAUGAGGUCCUCAUGAGCGGCCUCGACAGAAUGGAGCGAGGCAUGGCCGCGGCAGAGGCAGCACCCCCACCCCGCCGCGCCAAGCCGGCAUCACGGAAGUCAAGGAGGAGGAAGCGUUGAUUGCUUACUCCUGGAUGUCUGGAAGCCUGUCUGAGGCCUCUGCGAUGCUUGGCAGGGCGUGGAAGGAUAUGUCAACUGACUUGUUCUUUUUGCUUUUUAUCUCGCAUGCGCGCGUGUGAACCUCUGAAUGACUGAACCUGCCUGCGUAUGAAUGAAGUAUUUUGCAUGUUCUCCAACGGCCCGGCACCAUGGCCGUUUGCGUUAAGGCGGCCCUCUGUGCCUGUAGGUAGUCUAGUUGGAUGGUCAAACCAACUCCGUCUAUGCAAUGUCAGGGGAAUAUGGCCUGCGUGAUACAUUGUGAACGUCGUAACACCUUCUGAAAUUAGAUGAUACUCCGUGCAUUGCUACGGAACAUAAGCAUGCAGAAGAAAAUAGAUUGUGGCUGUCAUGGAUGGUCAUUAGUGUGAGCUCUGUUCUUUUGCUGUUGCUGCUAUUGUUAUUUUCCAUGGAGCUUCUGUUUAUCUGGUUGUCUAUUUUAGAGACACCAGAUUCAGUAGUUAAGGAGAAUCGUGAAAAUUUAGCUGUAAAGUCAGCCUAUUCUGCUAAUGAAGUUUAUUUCAGUGCAUGUA